CACCACUUCAAUUCAGUAUCAGCCUGUUUAUAUGAGUGUUUUCCAUGUUACUAGAGUAUAAUAACUUACAACAUUUGUCUAUUAAUAUUAUAAGAUAUUUUAAUGAAUUAUAGAAACGGAUAGAAAUUCAUUGACCUUAACUAUUCUCUUUACCAGACAUCAUUCAUUUCACAGUCGCCAUAUUCAUCAAAGUAAUCAAGAAAUUCCAGUUCUUAAUAUGAAAUCAUUCAAUAAGAGAACUAGACAGUCAGGUGAUUCAUAACUCAUUAUAUAAAGCAUAAAACAUAACAAUCUGAAUUCACACAUCAUUGAUACUACUUAUUAAAAUCAUUGAUACAUGUCUGAUACUCUUCAUUUUAACUUCUUGUUAUGGUUGUGUUUUAUCAAACUUAUAUACUCGAACCACCAUUCAACAAUUGGGAUCAUAAAUGUUAAUGAAACUGAUCAAACAUUUUCACAAACAGAUCAUUAUUAUUACACAGAAUUAAUACGAUUCAAUCAAUCAUCUCCAGUCAUAUUUGAUCAUAUGAAUAAACCGAUUAAUUUAUCUAGACCAAGGCCAUUUAUGCCUCUAUUCCCAUUUAUAUAUUUUGGUGAACAAUUUCGUUUGGUUACAAUAUUUUCACAGGGUUUUGAACUGUAUACCUUCGGCAUAUCACACUUCAUUUCGAGCAAGUCACCUGCAAACAAAUAUGAAGACACUUUAUGAUGACCAAAUCUAUCAUUUUUAAAUACUUUAGUUUGUGUAAACUCAUUGUGUGUAGAAGUGUUUAUUGCACCUACUUUUCAGACCUCAAUUCAAUCUCAACUCAUUUCUGUUCUACAUGACAAACUAUUUUAUUUAUAAGUGUAUACAAUAACCGAAGGCUAGAAUUAAUUGAUUGAGUAAUGAGUAAGUUAGUUGUGUGUUACGUAAGGGUGAAAAAUAACGUGAAUAAACGUUCAAAAUAUACACAAUCAGCUUAUAAAUUGCUCACUUUCAGCAUUUUUGAAAGUCUCUACAUUUACAUACUUUUACUUUACCAAUGAAUCUCAUACUUUAAUUACCUAUGAACAGAAUAGAACUACACAUAUGUCUUCUCCAUUAGCAUACUGCAACUCUAAUACUCAAAAUAACGACUACGAUUAUAAUUAGCAUUAAGACAAAUUUAAAAGCGAAGACUUAUUCCAUUAAUAAAUACUAUUGAAUAAGGUACUAUAUUCUAGUGCAUUUCUUGAGUAGUUAGAAAGCGUUUAGACGUGAAUACGCUGGUUGCUGUUGUUCCAUGAAUCGUUUCAGAAUUUUUUGUUGUCAUGCCCAACUGGAUUUUUUUUACAUAGAUUAAAUCAAUGAAAACAAGUGUCCAUACAUUUGUGCUGAUAUCCUAGCGUUUUGAUGAUAAGCUUUAUGUGCGAGUACUGUGUUG